AUGGACGGUGCUCCGAAUUGCUCAGCACUGGGGCUUGACAGUUUCAUUGAUGCACAAGUCAUUGGAAAUGUACGCCGAAUCAUUGCGACCACAUGCCCGAGGGGAGCAAAGUCUUCACAUCCCCAGGCGAAGGUUCUCCUGCGUAGCUAUUCCAUGCCUGCAGUGGCAGAACUCAUGCUAGACGAGGACAGCUUGCCCCUUCCAAACGGAACAGUUGGAGUAGCACUCGAUGGCCUUGCUAUUUCGGGUGAACAAACACUAGAAGCCGACGAGUGCGGACUCGUCGUGGCACCCUCUGGUGCUGCAUACUAUGCCACGACUCCAGGUGCCUGGCGCAGUGGGGAGGAACCUUGUGAGAUGGUGUCGACAUGGGCUUCUUCGUUUGCUUUUUCCAAUUCAUCGCACGAGACAUUGCUAGGAUUCAUGAUGGAUGGAGUGCCGCUGUUUGCACCGUUGUCUAACAGUAGCAACUUUACCACUGACAGAUGCGGCGGCCACCAAGAUGACCUACCAUUUUACCAUUACCAUGCUGCAGGGUCCGAGGACCAGUACUCAGGCAGAGUGCUCGGAUGUUUGCGUGCAGUGGCGAAGGGGGGGCAUGGCUUUUCUCCUCCACCGGCACCUGUGGCGUGGCCUGAGCUGCAGCCAGUUGACGUAACAUGGCUUGCGCCGUUGGUAACGUACGGAAACCGGGAAGUUCUUCUUGAGCAUGCCCGUGCGGCAGCCCGCUUUUUGCCGCAGAGUGUGGAGAACACAAGCCGAGCAUUUUACAGCGUCUCUAAGCCUUCUGAAGCUGCGCUCUCAUAUUCUAUUUGCUGGGGUCACGGACUUGCUCUGGACUCGCACCAAGUCCUGCUCGGAACGCUGAAGUUCACCGGGCCAUUCAAGAACCACUUCCGCUGCACUUUUGCGUUGACCUGCGUUUUGUCGGUGGAUGGCGCAGAGCUUAGCCAGCAGAAUCGACUUCUGCUUAGCAAUAGCAGCUGUGAUGACAACGACAUCUUGCCAGGCUUCAGCCAGCUGCUUGCUCCUACUUCACUAAGCAGCAACAUGUCAACCUUUGAAGUUGGCGUUUUUUUGCCCGAGGCAGUCACGAGUUCUUUGAAAGUAUGCUGGAAGGCGUUUGCUAAUGCAGAUCCCGUGGACAUCGGCAGCCUUGAGCUGGUAGGACCAACAGAAUUAGACGUAGUGGUCCUAUGCGCACCAGCUCGCAUAUGUGGCACCCGCAUUGGUGAAUAUGUGCCCGCUGCAAGCACUGCAGUGCCGGUCGUCCUCAGGGCCUUCAACGAUACAUGCAAUUCUGACCUGCGUCAGUUGACAUUUGUUGGCGGCAGGGAAUCUAAUACACAGCAGCCUAACACUGAGGCGUGGCCAUACACCUUUGGGAUGCUUCCUGCCACCGCGCCGCCGGGCAAAUUCUCGCUGUGCUGGAACCCACUCAAUCAAAAUGAGGUGGUUUCUGAGUACGCAAUUCCAAUCGGAUCUUUGGUUGUUCGGGGCUUGCAUCAGCUGGAAGUGGACCCUCCACCUGCUGCUGGAGUCUCAUCCCGCGUGAAACUUGUAGGCGCCGGCCUGCUUACAACGGAUCAGAUCCGAUUGGUUGAGGAGUCCAUUGCCUGCGGCUUUGAGAACUCCAACAUAAGCACCCAAUAUGUGAUGGAAGUUGUCCAGGAUGCUUCAGCAAGCGAUCCCUGGCAGCUGAAUGGCUCAGACCUCUCUGCCAUGGCCUCCACUGUUUCAUCUGUUACAUGGAACGUCACGAUGCAGGUCGGAGGUCCAUUUCGCAUCUGUUGGUGUCCAAGUGAUGGUACUGACAGUGUGGACUGCAGUAUGGCAGCUGAUUUUGCCGUUGAUGCAGGCACGAUUAUGUUCAGAGGGCCUACCAGCUUCAAGCAGCUGGAGUGCGUUGCCGGCGUGCCAUUCACCUUGCGCUUGUAUGGCUUCAUGCUCAGUGUGCAGGAUCGCGUCAAGGUUCUCCCGACACGCACAUUGCCAUGCAAGGAUGCGGCACAGAGGCCUUACCCAGGUGAAGAGGGAGCUUCCCUGGAAGAACCCUAUAUCAUUCAGGGAUUUGAGGGCAGUCUUGAGGAAGAGUUUGCAAACACCACCAUCCUUGCAAGCGGACAAUAUGACGUCUGCUGGUGCGCUGGCAGCUUGGAAGGGACCUCUUGUUCAGAAACUUACACAUUGGUUUCGAGGCUGACAGUUGCCGGUGCGCGAUAUGCGUCUGGUCUGUCUGGGGCACCUGUGGAGGUCUUCGCAGGUAUCCAGACGCAGCUAGAGGUUUGGGGCACGGCUUUGACUAGUGGGGACCUUGUCAAAGUCGUUCCAGUCACCGCGCAGGGAUGCGCGGAGCCGGCAGACGAUGCUUUUGUGCAGCCCUCGCUUUUGGAAGCCACGUACCUUGAGCAUGGAGCAGAGGCAUCGUUUGAGCGUUUCGAUUUGCUUGCACGAAAGCCUCCGCGCUGCCGCAUUUGUUGGUGCAGCGGCACACUGUCGCAAGCAUGCCGCACUUUCCGUGAGGUCGGGGAGCUGUCUUGGAUUGACUUGGGGACCGUUGAUAUCUAUGGCCCAACAUCAGCUUCUCCUGACGGACUUGCGCAAGCAGGGGUGAUCUUCACUUUGGUUGCAAGUGGCGGUGUUGGACUUCCAGUCUCGGCCGCGGCAAGAGCUCGCAUGAGCCCAGAUCAACUGGACUGCAGUAGCAUUGGAGAACACGAUGUUCACGCACCCGUCGGUCAAGCUGGAAAUACGGAAACGGAUGCCAAUCGAUCCCAAGAGUGGAUCUGGUCAGAUGUCCAGAUAAAUUCACCUGGCAUUUUCCGAGUGUGUGUGCAGUUAGCAGCUUGCUUGUUGAAGCCAUGCUCCAGCGGCCACAAGUUCGGCUUCGGCAUGUCCUGGGAUUUAGGUGUGUUCCGUGUUGGCGGGCCACAGCUCAUUGCAAGCACAGCGACCGCUUUUGCAGGUCUUGUGUUUGAGGUGACAUUACGUGGAUUCUACAUCACAGCAGAGGAUCAGUUGCAAGUCACGAGAGCAGCUGAUAGCUGUGGCUCCUCCGUACCGCUUUCAAGCUCAAGGGUUGCUCGCCAUCUUGAAGAUCUUGACAAUGCAACAUCGAACGGAAGUGCUGUUGAAGUCGUGUGGCAAAUGGAGCCUUUGCCAGCGGCUGGGCUUUAUCGACUUUGCUGGUGUAGCAGCUGGCGAGUUUGCACAGCUGACGCCUUCCUGGUGGACACUGGCACUAUUGAGACUUUUGGUUCUGAUGGGCUUGGAGAGGCUGUUUGUGUCAAAGGAGCAGCGUGCGAAGUUGAGUUGAACGGAAGGGGCAUGAGGUCAUAUGGACCCGAGCCUCCAGUUGUUUUGCUGCGCACCAGCUGCACAGAAACCGAUGACGAAGCGGGUGUUGCUGAGAUUCUCUCUGCAUCUGAUGAAAGGCUUGUGGUGCAGUGGUCGUCGUUGCUGCACGUUUCUGUUGGCCAGUAUCGCAUAUGUUGGGCUGUCAGUUUACUUGCUGCCAUGGCCAACAAUAGUGUGGAUGCUGGAAGCAUGUUGUUGGCAGGUCCAUCACCGUAUCCAUCGGCUCGCUGUGUUUCGGGAAGGCUUUGCUCCGUAUUGGAUGUCGAAGGUGUUGGCUUGUCAAUCGGCGACCAAAUUACUGCAAGGAAUUCAGCAUGUGGAGCAUUUGACGAAGAUCUUGGAGAUGGACGCAUCUUCAAAGUCAAUCCGACUCCUCCAGAGAGUUUCGAGACGGUGGACUUUUUCGCGGCAGUUCUGGCUCGUUACGUUCGCAUUUACCCAACAAAGUGGCAUGGAAAUGUUUCCUUGCGGGCAGGCCUUUUCGUGCAAGCCUGUGCAAAUUGCACAUCAAGCACAAUGGUCGACAUCGGCAAUGAUGCUCGCAGCUUUUCGUCAGCUCGCGAAAGUACGUCACCUUCGGAAUGCUUCUCGUGCGGCCGCCUCGACUCAACAACAGCCUGGGUUUCGGAGCAAGCGCGGCUGGACGAAUGGUAUCAGAUGGAUGCCGGCAAGCUGGUGUUAGUGUCGGGCGUUGUGAUAAGAGGACGAGCAGAUGCAGAUGAAUGGAUCACCGAGUUCCUCAUUUCGUACAGCACAGACGGAACUGCUUGGACGCGGCUUCGGGAAAUGCGGGGUGCUGACGGUUUCCCGAACUCGGGCGUGGCAGUGGGACUCAUGAGCCAAAAUAUGUCACAGUUCACAUGGCCCGCGAGUAUUGACGCAAAGGGCGGCACGUACGUGCUGUGCUGGCGCCGGCGCACAGGUCCUCUCAGUGCACCAAUUCAUGUGGCUGACGUGGCUGAGUUUGUUACGACAUUGGGGCAGCUCAUCGUAGAUGGACCGCGUGGAGGUCAGUCGUGGCUGUGCAAAGUUUCCAAGAGCUGCGAAAUCUCCGGCUUGCAGGGCUUGGGCUUGCAGCAAGGCGACCUCCUCCGACCGCUCCCGCUUUGCAGUGUGAGUGAUACCUCAGAGCCGUACGCAGCUGCCGAUGACUUUGGGACAGGAUUCGAUUGGGGCUUGUCCCUGCAAGGGCAUUUGCCCCGGCAGUACCGACUGUGCUGGUGCCGACCAUGGAAUGAUACCGAGUUCCUGAACGACUCAAUUGCAGGCGCUGUAUCAGGAUGUGGGCCCAACAAUGUGCUAGUGGAUGCGGGGGUUUUGAGCCUGAUAGGACCACAGCCCAACAAUUUGUUCACAUGCAUUGCCGGUGAGGAGUGUGUUGGAAUUCCAUUGCUGGGAGAACAGCUAAGCGAUGGUGACAUGCUUCUGGUAAUGUAUUCCAAUGAGUCAUGCGGUGAUGUGCCCACAGCUAUACCAGGAAUGCCCAAUCUCGGCCUUUCGGACCCUGCUGAUGCCAGAGGAAGGCGAUUUUACUGGCGCGGGGCUCCUGUCACCGCAUCUGGUGCAGAUUAUCGGCUUUGCUGGUGCAGUCCGUCGUUGUCUGGCUGCAACAAUUCCAUGGACUUCGAUACGCUUGCAGGCACCUUGCGUCUAGUCGGCCCUCUAAGGGACCAAGUCAGAACCUGCGUUGCCGGCUUGCCCUGCACAUUGCACAGUCUUGGCGGGCAUCACUUCUCAGACGGAGAUGUCAAUGUGCAGCAGUUCUGCGACACUGACCCCUCAGCUGUGAACCUAACUGAUUUUCAGGAGGUGGGCUUUGGCAGCAGUGCGCAGUUCGAUGAAGUCGGAGACGUGACUUGGUCCGACCCAAACAGAGCCACCGGAGGCAUAUACAAGCUGUGCUGGAAAGGUGCUAACGCAUCCAGCUUCGGUGCUGAGAUUGGAAAUGUCGUAGUUCUCGGGCCUGUGGCGGAUCACCGUCGCGUGGCAUCCGACUCCGCACCUCUGAUUGUAUCGGUAUUCCGGUGGGCUGUUGAAGCAAUUUCACAGAUAGGGGACCGAGUGAGAAUUGCAGAUGGUUGCUUCGAGUCUUCCACAGCUAUGCCCGGAGUUGAGGGCACGGGCGGCGCGGCCAUGUCUCAAGACUUAGAGCCCAAUGCAUCCUUCUUCCGCUGGGGGGAGUCGCUGUUGUCAGCUCCUGGUGGUGAAUAUCGUAUGUGUUGGUGUGCCGGUCGCCUUCUGAACAAUUCGCCACGAAACUGUGAGCUUCCUAGCGACUUCAGCGUGGAUGUCGGAGUCUUAGCCAUCAAUGGGCCAGCUGGUGGUCAAUCUUGGUCUUGUGACACCAGCCGCCCCUGCUCUAUUUAUGGAUUGCGUGGGGCCGGCCUCACAGCCGACGAUAAACUACUUGUCAAAGAAGGUAAUUGCUUUGGUGGAACCCCUCUUCGAGGUUUGCAUUGGGCCAGUGUUGGCACUGACGUGGAUGCAACCGGAGUAACAGCCAACGUCACUUGGGGGAACCAAACCGUGGCUGCAGAAGGCGGACACUACCGUGUAUGCUUCUGCACACUCACCUUCGGAGAGCCCUGCAGCUCGCAAGUUCCACACCGCUUCACAACAGAUGCGGGCACACUGACAAUAAACGGUCCACGCCCGGCUCAUGCGCCCUGGGCGGUGCAAUUUGGAGGCGACGGCGAUGACGUAGCCACGCAUGUUCUGGUUGAUUCUUCAGAGCCUGAGUUAGGUCUUGGCCAUGCGAUCCUUGCCGGCACCACAAGUGCCACCAUUGUCAACCCGACGACGACAAGAGCUGUGGCGGAGGCCAGCGGGAUGACAUGGACCGAGGGCAGGUCUAUUUCUGACUACAUUGAUGUGGACUGCGGCUGGAUGCGGCACGACAGCGGGGACGAGCAAUGGCGGGCCACAUGCCGCUUCCUCAAACUUUCCCUCCAGCCAUUGAAUUUCACGAACUUCGGGCAACGAGACGCGUGGGUCACCAAGGUCGGCUACAACGGGAGCGUGUUGUGGACGAGGCAGCUUGGAAGCUCCGGAGACGAAGUCCUUGGAGGACUGGCUAUAAAUCGGCAGGACCACUCGAUCUUCGUGGCUGGAAGCACGUCUGACAACAUGCUUGCAGAUCCGUAUUCUCAGGAUGGCAGCACAGCAGCGGCUGCAAGUGGUCGCACAGAUUGUUGGAUCAUCAAGCUCAGCCAGUACGGGGAGUACGUCAAUGCUUUUCAGUUCGGCAGCUUCAUGAAUGAUUUCAUCGGUGGAAUCGUAGUUGCGUCAGACGGGCUCUACGCUGCUGCAAUCCGUGAAGACCAGAUGCUCGGCAUCCCGCCGGAGGGCGGAUUGGAUUCUGUGAUCGUGAAGUUUACCUUGGACUUGGUCUUCGUGUGGGCAGGCCUUGUAGGUGGGGAAGGCAAUGACAUAUUGGCCGGUUUACACCUCUAUACAGGGAGCACCACGGAUGGUCGGGAGCGCGUGUUGGCUUUCGGUACCACAGACUCGAACCUUUAUGCUCCUAGUGCAUCCCCUGAAUUUGAAGAUGUCAUCCUCACCAUCUAUAGCAUCGGUCUAUAUGCCAAUUUUGAGAGAGGGAAGCAGAUCGGGUCUCGCGGCAUCGAUGUCGCGACAGGUGCCACUUCUGGUCCCGACGGUAGUAUCUAUGUAGCAGGCUACAGCAAUGACAAUUUGUUUUUUGGUUGGGAUCCUCGUGGAGAAAUUCCAGAUCCGAAGCCGGGAAAUUAUGAUGGCUUUGUCAUGAAAUUCACCGGGAACUUGGAAUGGGUAUGGACUGCUAUGCCAGGCACACCUUCGAAUGAGUAUGUGUACGGAAUCGUGUUCUUGCCAGGAUUCACAGAGUACACCAGUGACUUGUUAAUUUCUGGAACUUCUGGUACUUUCUGGCCAGAGGCAGAUUCACAGAACGAUGCACCCGCUGGCGCCACUGACCUGGGACAGAUAGAUGCAUGGAUGAUGACCUUGUCUGCUUCGGACGGAAGCUAUACCGGAUGGCAAAAGCAACUGCGCAGUCCGGGUGACCAAGUCUUUCGGGCCAUGGCGGCUGAAGCGGCUGGUGGUCACAUCUAUGCUGCAGGCUCGGCAAUUGGCGACUUCACUCCUGAAAUUGGGGCAACACCGCUGGUUGGCUACGGUGGGGAAGAUGCCCUGCUGCUUAAGUUGGUGUGGGGACGAGCAGCUGCUCGUUGCUAUCGCGGGAGCGCCUGCGAAGCUGGCAUUCCUAGUGCCAUUGGAGUGGGUUCGAAAGAUGUAGGAUUGUUGUCGCCAACUCGCUGUGGAAGUGGUACUGUCAACGCCGAAGGCAUUCCCAGCGCUCUUGCUGAUGGGCUGCCUGUUGACGACCCUGGAGACCCGACUGGCUUACGAGACAUGUCUGGCUUACGGCAACGCCUGAAAUGGGGAAAUCCAGUGGAGGGCAGGAUCCUGGAAGCCGCCGUUGGACGCUAUGUCUUGUGUUGGUGCUCGGGUGGCUGUGAUGGGGCAGUUCCUUUAGAAAUCAGUGCUGUCUUCGUUUCUGGCCCUGAACCCAAUCAGCAGCGUACAUGUGUGCGAGGCCAAGCCUGUGAUGUUACCGGCAUUCAGGGUCGAGAUCUCGAUUCCUUUGAUCGUGUGGCCGUGAUGGAUAGCUGCGCUGGCAACUUUGCAGCUUUUCCUCAAAGUGGGCACACAUCCGGUAUAGUGGUUUUCGUGUCCCAGAACCCAGAAGAUCUAAGCUGCGCCACGAUCACUGCAGACGAACUUGAUGGCGUCUCAUCGAAUUUUGGCUGCGGACGAGUGACGGCAAGUGCUGGGCAGUACACAUUGUGUUUCUGCACGCCGCGGGGCGCAGGCACAGACUGCACACAGAACUACGACUUCGGAUUUCAGAUUGGCACUAUGACAGUUCAGGGCCCCUUCACCGGACAACCCCGGAAAUGCACCCGCAAUCAACGUUGUGCUGUAGACAGCAUCCAGGGUGUGGGAUUGCAACAAGAUGACAUGAUCUUGAUUCUAGAUGUAUGCGGUAUGCCCCAGCCGGACCAGGCCCCCGGAAACAUGACUAUUCGUGGGGUUGUUGGUUUGACAGCAGAGUCACCGGUUGCCACGGCCGAUGGCAGUUUCUAUGUGAUCGCUCACCCUGGUACUGCAAGCCUCGGCACAUACCGUAUGUGCUGGUGCCGGCCCGGUGUCUCAUCAAGCGGUUGCAGUUUGAUUGAUGAUUUUGCUGCGGAGAUUGGGCCACUGUCAGUGGUUGCGCCCAUGAGCAACCACUACCGGCGCUGCCUUCGUGGUCAGAUAUGCAACAUCAUUGACUUAGAGGGCUCUGGCUUAGCAGAUGGUGACGUCGUCCAUGUCUUGAACUUCUGCCCGGAUCCUCCGAGAUACACUGAGUUCGAAGCUGACGUAACUCCUCCUGGCAUCCUAGUGGAUGAAUGGCCACGAGGAGGCUUAUCAUUGCCGGCACAGCAUGGUGGACAUUACGUGUUCUGGGGUGAGGAAAUUGUGCUGAAUCCCGUUGGGGUUUACCAGUUGUGCUGGUGUAUGGGCAGUGCUGGUCAUCGUUGCUUGUACCCGCAGGACUUUUUCGUCCGGUUGGGGGAGCUCGAGGUUGCCGGCCCCGUUCCUUUGCAAGCCUUCCAGGCUGUGUCGGGGCAUCCUUUGAUUCUUCCAAACGUAGCCGGCUAUGGCCUGGAGAUCGAUCACAUUGCUAUUGUCCCGGAUACGCACAAUUGUUCUGGGCCCUGGGAAACCGUUCUGGAAGCAGCAGCUGGAACUGGUUUUCCCUCUGCAGGCCUCCUGGUCCGCACAGUCGAGCCACACACUCCACUUGACUCGCCCACUGUGAAGUACAAGAUUGCCAACUUCACAACCGGCACGCAGCCAGUGCCUCGAGGUGGUGGAGAUUUCGCUUUGUGUAUGCACAAGAGAAGAAAGGGAGGGCUUGGUGAAACUGCCUUCGCUGCUCGUGGUUACCAAUUUCUCGGUUGCGGCGAUGAAGAUGAAGCUCGUGCUGCCUGUGACCCUGCCCCACUGCCUAUGCCCAAGAGCCCCUGGAGCCAAGCAAACCUGCAAGCGGCUGUGUCUGAGGCUCGCGCAAGCGGUGUACAAGUCGGUCCAUGUGGUAUGGGCUUGUGGCUGGGUGCUCGUUGGUACAGCUCCGGCCGAUGGAUGUGGGACGAUGGUUCGGUACUUCUCAAUGGCUCGUUUGAUGAUGCAGCCGAUCGCAGCGAGGGUUACAUGAACUGGGCUGCUGGUCAACCAUCUGCAGUUGAUCAUUCGGGCGAGCCUUUAGUUUACAUGAACGUCCCUGAAGGUGGCUGGCACGAUGCACGGCAACACAAGCAUCAACUUGCAAUUGUAUGUCAAGAAUUUGUGUCUCAAGGAACCGGCAGCUUGCAGCUCGAGGGCCCAUACAGCCAAAACUUCUCUGCCUUGGCGGGUCGGCCACUGCAGCUCUCAGGUUUGGAAGGCAUAGGUCUUCGAACCGGAGAUCUUUUAUUGGCAGCAGAAGCCACUGAGCCCUGCGGCCUUGCCGAUGCGGUAGAAGCUCUUGGGGGAGAAGGGAUCUCAUUCCCUUCUCCUGAUGGAACAUCUUUCAACUUCACAUUCUCGGCGAGAGCAUCCGGGAAAUACUACCAGUUGUGCUGGUGUCGAAUUGCUGCAGACAUCACUUCGUGCCGUCAUGCAUCUGACUUUGUGGUUCAGGUCGGAUUACUUUUGCUUCGGGGCCCUGAGCUCGGCCGAAGCUACUCUUGUCGCUCCGGGGAGGCAUGCGCGAUCCGACUGACGUGGCUACACAACGAUACAAUCACGGCUGGUAUGAUCACUUUUUCCAGGGCCUGCGGUGAAGCUGACAACCCGUAUCGCAUAGGACCAAACGAAUCCGAGUUUCAUUGGCCAAGUCUCUCUGCCUUCGGUGGGCACUACAGCAUAUGUUGGUGUGCCAGCCCUUGCGACUUGACCAGUGAUCCGCACCUGGAGUUUCGCAUCGGUACUCUGGACAUUCAUGGCCCCUUUCCUGCACAGACUUUCACUUGCUUGCAGCAACGUGAGUGCAACGUUGCGCCAGUGAAAGGGUUGCACCUUCAGGAUGGCGACAGGCUGCUAAUCAGAAGUAUGCAAAACACUUAUAUGCCUUGCAAUGCAUCUGACGCAUCUGGCUCUGACAUGACACUUCUCUCUUUGCCUUCGAGACGCUGCGGGACCUACGCAGACAGCUGCACCUUUGUUUGGCCAGCUUCUGUCAUGGCAAAUGUGCAGCCUGGGGCUUUCAACCUGUGCUGGUGUCGUGGCAGUGGAUUCAGUGGAUGCUUGACGGGCGCCGACUUCGCAGUUCAUGUUGGCGCUUUGGCAAUCAUAGAAGCAGCUGGCUACCAGUAG